UGCCAGGCAACGCGACUUCGGCGUUUUAUACACAUAAUAAAGCUCUAAAGUUUUCACGGCGCUUCUCGGAAAAGCGCAAGCUCCUAAUUUUCUUCUCUCCCACUCUCGCGAAAUAAACUUUGAUUAACGUUUUACGCGAUGAAGAUAAAAGAGAUCGUGGCGUUUUGCAGUCUAUUCAACGCGCUGUGCUUCGCCUCUGGAUUCACUGCUACUAACCGAUCUGAAUGGAGCGCAGUUCCGCAAUUAAAGCCUCGGCCACAAGUGUCAGCGGAAGUUUUAAUGAAAGACGCUCGAGCUAGAGGAAUUGAUGACGCGUUAAGAAGUUCAGAGGAGAAAAAGUCGUUAAAACGGGAAAACGUGACGAUAGCGAGGAGAACUCCUUCGCUAGAGAAAAGCGAUCCGGAGCACCAGACCAAUCUCGUGGUCGAUUUGAUGACCGGGCCGGAAGUCCGCUUCGAUCAGCGCGAGAAAUUCACCAAGGGCAGCGGCAAAAACGAACCCUUGAAUGUGAUUCUGUUGCUGAUCGAUGGACUCGACGACGCGGAAGAAGAUCUCAAAAUGCAUCUCGAGAACCCGGACUAUUUUCCGACUCAAGGAUUCUUGCAGAGCUGUCCUGAAAAGCCGAAUACAGAGCCCGAAGCUUUCUAUUUCGCCGAGAGAAGCAUGAACUGCGACUGCGAGGAUUUAUUGCGAUCCAAUAUCGUCGCACUAUUAUCGUGGGCGCAGCACGAGAGGGAAAUGUCCACAAGCGCCCUUUACGAAAUGCCGACGGUCUACUCGCGGAGAAUAGAAACGGAUAGCCCUGCUCAUGUGCGUCGGAUCGAUCGCCAACGUAAAGCCUCAAAGACGCCGAGCUCGCAAACUGAGCCGAGAAAAUCCCGCCACGCGGGCAAAGACAAGAGGAGCAGCAGCCUGCACGAGGAGGGUCACGUAUCGGGCGUGUUAUCGCGUUUGCGAGAGGCUUUCUUCCGCACUCUGCUGAAGAGCCUCGGCAGUAGCGAGCAAGACGAGCAGAAGCGACGUUCGUUUCCUCCUCGAGGCUACUCGAACUUCCGCGAGCUGGCUGCUCGCACUCUCGAGGAGCUCAAUUCGAUGCCCAACGAGAGGGGCUACGUGCUGCUAGCCACCGCCGCUGCCAGCGAGCUUCCCGGUGCCCUUGAACUUUUACGGCUUUACGUAUCUCCACUGAAUACACUGGUCAUCGUCACGAGUCCCUGUCCACGCGACAAAUUCAGCCUCAUUCCAUUCUUCGCUCGCGGUCCCCAUUCGGAAGAUAUAAUCGAAGCCAACCCGAGCAGUCUACAGGAGAUCCCAAGCGUCAUCCGCGGUAUCAUUAGCCGAAGCCACGAAUGUCGAGAUUCAACGACCGGCUGCGAAAACGCCUUUCCCGCGACCGUUCAACCGUCGCUCUUGACAUUCGGAGAUCCGAUCCUGAUUCUCAGCGACGAGGAGAUACCCAUCCAAAGAUUCGCCAGAGACGAGCGGGUGGAAAAUAAAACGCACCAGAAAUUAAAGAGGUCGGAAAAAGAGCAGCAGCAGCAGCCGGAGAAAGUUGCAGAAGCUAAGAAACCUCGGGAAACAAAAGCCAUUACAGCUAAGAGAACCGACGAGGCGAGAGUAACUGAUGAAACUUCCAAGGCCAAAAGCGUACCCCUCGACGUGGAAAUUCAAUUGCGAAUGGGAGACGAGAGCCGAGUUAAGAACUCUCAAGCCACCAAUUUGCCGUCGACCCUCGUGUUCGUGACAAUCGUUACUUUUUUAACGGUGCUCGCCUCGGAAUAUUGAAUUUCCUAUCGAUUAUAAAAUGCAACAUCGCCGUAAUUAAAACUGUAUAACGUAUCACGCAAUAAAAUCGAAUUACAUCCAA